AUGCCUUUCACCGGAAGCGACAUUUGCAAGAUCAUCCUUGCCAUUUUCUUGCCACCUCUGGGUGUCUUCUUCGAGCGCGGAUGCGGUGCCGACCUGCUUAUCAACAUCCUGCUCACCAUCCUGGGUUACAUCCCCGGUAUCAUCCACGCUCUCUACAUCAUACUGAAGUAUUAA